AUGCCGGAGCAGUCUUCUUUACCUCAACCGUCUCUUAUGUCUACUGAAUACUCGCUUCCCGUUCUUUCAACUGCUUAUCCCGAACUUGAAAACAAACAUGCGUUGAAAUCACCGUCGUGGGAUACUUCUAAAGCUCCCAAUGGCUCAAAGCUUAAGGAUAGCUCUAUUUCUUCUUUGCCUUCUUCGAUGACGGGUUCUGACGGUUAUGUUGGAUAUGGUGCUUUUGGAAACCGUUCCAACAGCUUGUCGCGUAAUCCCAACCUUGCUGGCUAUUCUUUUGCAACUUCCACUUUUUCUCCCUACCAAUUUUUCCAUUCCUCUUCAUCCCCGAUGGCCCCACAGCCGACUUCCAGUCCUUCAUUCUCAUCGGGCUCUGGAACCGUUGCAGCACCCGUUCUCUCAAAUGGACUCGGAGCCACUUGUUUAGCAGGUCCAGCGACACCAGCAGCUCCCCCUGCUCCCACUGGCCCUGCUCCUUCUGGCCCUUCCUACUCUAGACUUGGGUCCAAGCAUUUGUCUUCUUCCAUACUUCAAAUGAAUACUACAAUGGAUGAUAUCCCUGUUCUUUUAAGACGGCCAAAUUUGUCAUCUUAUCCUUCUUCGUCUCCUUCUUCAAACCAAGCUUCUAGGAGAAGUCUUUCUGUGUCAAAUUCAAAUUUAAAAAAACCUAUCUCUAGCCCUUUUGCCUCGAACUCCAGUGCUGCAACACCUUCCCCUGCGAACGCCCAUAGGCUUUCGACUCCCACGUUGAGUCCACGUCUUAAUCCCGUGACCUCUGCCAAUACUGCCCCUCCCUACAAUGGCGAAACCACCUCUUACCCAUCCUCGAAAACUUCAUCUUCUUUCCAGUCAUUGCGCUCUUCAGGAUCACCGUUUUUGCCUGACACCUUUACUCCUUCCUUAACUGCUUCUUUUACCUCAACGGCCAGUUCUGGAAGUAUCGACAGUGCUCCCCCUCUUCCUCCCAAUGCUUCAGUGGUACCAGCAGCAGGAAUCCCAACCACCUUACUAGAUCCUUCUGCAUUGUGUGUUCCUGCUUACAUGCCAGAGGAAGCAAACGCUCAGCCUGCUGUGUCUUCUAACCUUGCUCCUUUUUCGUUUCCGUCUAAUAACAUCCUAUCGUUUUGCAAGGAUCAGCAUGGCUGUCGAUACUUACAACGACUUUUAGAAAAGAAGAAUCCCGCGUAUGUUGAUGUUGUUUUUAACGAAACACAAGCUUAUCUUCCUAUUCUAAUGGUUGACGCUUUCGGCAACUACCUUUGUCAAAAAUUGUUUGAGCAUGUGUCCGAUGCCCAACGUUCUACUUUUGUUCAAAUAAUAGCACCAAAGCUUGUUCCCAUUUCUUUCAAUAUGCAUGGAACAAGGGCUCUUCAAAAAAUUAUCGAUUUGGUUUCAUCACCCGAUCAAGUCUCGUGUAUCGUGGAUGCACUCAGACCGAAUGUUGUAAUGCUUACAAAAGAUUUGAAUGGAAAUCAUGUCAUUCAAAAGUGCCUCAAUAAAUUCUCUCAUGAAGAUUGCCAGUUUAUUUUCGAUGCCAUCUGCAAUGACCCAGUCGAUGUAUCUACUCACAGACAUGGCUGUUGUGUGGUGCAACGUUGUUUUGAUCAUGCAUCUCCAGCUCAAAUCGAACAGUUGGUGCAACACAUUAUACCUCAUGCUUUACUCCUUGUCCAAGAUGCAUUUGGAAACUAUGUUUUGCAAUAUGUAUUGGAACUUAACGAUCCCUCACAUACUGAAACAAUUGUCAAUCACUUCGUCAGUAAAAUCCGUGUCUUGUCAACACAAAAAUUUAGCUCUAAUGUUAUAGAAAAGUGUAUUUUUUACUCACCUUUCCCUUUAAAGGAAAAGUUGAUUGCUGAAUUGAUGGAUGAAAAAUUCUUGGCUAAAAUGCUCAGGGAUUCUUUCGCAAAUUAUGUCAUUCAGACUGCCCUGGAUAAUGCUGAUCCCAAGCAGCGUAUCAAGCUGGCUGAACGUAUAAAGCCACUUAUACCUAGCAUCAAAAACACUCCCUGUGGUCGCCGUAUCAUUUCAAAAUUAGAGCGACAACGCCCCAAUUUAAAGGAAAAAGAAUAA